AUGUGCUCUACCUUCAGCGCGUCCAGCCGCCCGGCUGCAUGGACUCUCGACCAGCCAACCACUUCUCCAGAGGCUGAGGUCGCGGCCAAGUCAUGCGAGUUUCAGUCAUCUGAAUUCAACACUACUGGGUUCGCUAUCACUGAUUUCUCCUCUACUGGCUUCCAGAGGGUCUCUGAGUCCGUCGUUGAGAAGAGUGGGCUUUCUCUUCCUGAUGCUACCAUCUCUCCCGACGCUGGAAUGGUUCGCUCCAUUGUCAAGGUCGAAGCGCGCUUCGCUAACAAACUGACCGGCCAUUCUAUCUGGAAGAUCGGUACAGGACUACUCAUCAGUCCCGAUCUUGUAGUUGUUGGAAGUGAGUCCGUCUAUGAUGUCGAGUAUCAGCUUGGUGCUGCUACUCAAGCCAAGUGCUACAUUGGAUACCGUGAACGUGGGUCUUCUGACAUCCAGCCCCGAUACGGCCAGCGUGUCGUUUUCUCUGCCGACUGGACUGAGGGUUCUGAAAGGCGCUCGCGAGAUAUUGCUUUCAUUCAGGUUGCUGAGCCUUUCACUUUGAGUGUGCAAACUGCUCCUGUUCAAGAAGAGCCCGUCCAACAAGCUCCCAUCACUGCCACUGUUUGCACCAACUGCAGCACCCACGAGGCCCCUGUCUCUGAGCCCAUCGCUCAACCUGAGCCUGUGCCAGAGGUCACACAGAUUGAUGCUCCUGCUCCCGUCUGUGUCGAGCCUGCUGCCGAGGAGCCCGAGCUUGAGAUACCUGUGCCAGCAGCUGAACCAAUCCCCGAACCUGUCCCCGAAAGCGACUACGUCGAUAUCGAGAUUGAUAACACGCCGGAUACUUCCGUUUCUGAGGAAGCCGAUCCCUUCUACGAGACUCUCAAGACUGUUUCACAGAUUGACACCAAGACCCUCGACAUUGAAUCUUCACUGAUUGAUGACGUGGGUCAGUUUGUUAGUGUCGCUGCUGGAUCUCUUGUCAGCUAUGUCGUUGGGGCAGAGACUAUCUCUAGUGGAAAGGCAACCAAGCUCUCUGGUGUUUCUGAGCGUGCACUCCUCGCUGAAGCAUCUCUCCAGGCUGUCUUCGCUAUUGAGCAAUCCAAUGAGCUUGAUGAGAUCAUCGCAACGAUGAAAGAGAAUUGGACCACCAAUGCUCCCCAAGUCGAGCAGCUUUCUGAGCUUCUUGCACCUUACCUGGCCGAGGCUGCUCGAUGCAUCAUCGAGUACCAUCAAGAAGACGAUGUUGAGAAAGCCACUGUAGCCAAGACCCCGAAGCGCCGAAACCUUGGCAUUCGACAAUUCCCCACCAACGAGGCAACCAAGGCCUUUGUCAAGGGUCUUCUCGAACCCACUCUCCCUCUGCCUGGCCAUGAGGAUGUGUUUUCGUCCCUUGGUCCCGUUCUUCGCAGUGCUGUUUCUUCUGUCGAACAGAUCGUUUGCCAGGCUGGAAAAGCAGCUGUAGAUGCGAUCACACCCAAGCUCCUGGCGAAGUACCAGGGAACUGCUCCCUCAGCUGGUGAUGUCCAGGCCACUCGCGUUCUCGUUCAACGCGCCAUUAUGGCAGACGCCGCUUACCAGGCCCUUUCGACUUUUCCUCGAGAGAAGCUUCAAGCUCUGAAGGUCAUCCCUCUUGAUGCUGAACUUCCUCAGGCUGACAACAUUUUUGACUUCAUCAAGAAUGUCAUUCAGAAGGUUGGCCCUGUUUGUCUUCAUGAUGCCAAGCAGGCUGUGCACAAGUUCAUCCCUCUCCUCAUCGAUGCUCCCGCCAAGGUCUCUCCUCAGCCCCUUAUAGCUGUUCCCGCAGAGGCUGCGAGCAGCAAGUUCGCCCUUCGAGACUUUCUCAGCAGCAAGAAGGGUUCUGUCAAGACACUCUAA